AUGGGACGGACUGAGGUGAAAUCAUGUGCAAAAGCCCCUGAAAAAGACAGAGAGUUGGCAAGCGUAGAUAAAAGUGUUCAGUCCGGUGUCGUUGACGCUGUUGUAAAUUCUAAAAAGAAAGGUCUUGAUAAUUCAAAGUCAAAAAUAGUUUCCCUUCCAUGUCAGGACCUGACAAAUUCAAAUGAGAAACUGUGUCAAAGUUUACAGGUUUCAGGUGAAGACUCCAUCUCUUCCGAACCUGCGAACAGGGGCCAUCAGGAACCUGGACAACAAUCACAAGAAAAGGACUGUAAUCCGGGUGGAGAUGCUCAUGCCAGAAGUGCUGAAGCAGCAGAAACCACUCCAUCCAUUAAACAUGUAGACGUCAUGUCGGCAUCAGCCUCAAUGUCUUCUAGGCAUGACAACAGUGUGGCAACAGAAAUUAGCAUGGGCGAUAAAGCAGAGGGAUUUGUCAUUGCAGGGGAAUCUUCCGAUUCACCAUCGAAUCCAACUUCACCUCCCAGAACACCUCUUCCUGCACCUUCCGGCCAACAAGUGCCAACAGCUGCAACUGUAAGCCCAGGCUCCAAAUACAAGGAGAGCUUGCAAAAGGUUAUUGAAACUUGUAAGGCCAAACUGGGUAUAGACAGCAUUGGAAGUGAUGUUGAGGACGGUGCCCACCUUGUCAAUCCUGAGGACGAGGAUGGGCUAAUUGAUGAUGAUGAUGAUGAUGAUGACAGCAUUGCCAGUGAUGCACUUCUAAUGGAUAUUGCUGAGGAAGGGGAUGCAGUUAAAUUGCCAAGUAAACCCUCGGCCCCGGCAAAUACCUUAGAAUCUACAACCACAACACCACCCCACAAUGUGGAUGGGGAAACUUUGAUGACUGUUAGCACAGACAGAACUGAUGAUAAUUUAACCACAACCAAGAGUUUGCCCUGCAUGGGCCAAAACCCAGCUGUCGGUAAUGAACCAGUAAACACCACAUUAAAAAAGUCUAGUGACUUACCAGAAAGGACUUCUAUUCCAGAGAAGGUCCUCUCUGUUGAAGGUAGGUCAAUUUCAGUGUUAGGAUAUGACAGCCAGAAUUCUGGAGAGAUCAUGACACAUGGAUCUGAUAAAAAUAACUUACCAACUGAUGGAAAAAAUCCACCCUCUUCCAACAAUUAUGAUAAAUCUAAGGUGG